CCAUAUUUCCAAGAGAACGGGGACUAAGCAAGUGAAACCGCGGGGGGUUCGCUAUUAGUAAAUAAAUUAACAUAAAAGUUAAAGUCACUAAAAACGAUGUUAUUACAAAUCAAUUAAACAAUUGAAUGUUAUUAAUUGAUUAUGAAACACAGCUAAAACUCACGUGAUAUUCUCACGAUUUCUCACUAUAUACUCACAAUUCAAACUGAUGAUCAUGUUUGGAUCGUGCCGCGGUGCAAGAACCAGCUCAUGACUAAGGGCCCCGUAUGGGUUCAAAACUAGUCGGGCAUACUCUGACCUAAUAUCACGUGAGUUUUGGCCGUGUUUCAUAAUCAAUUAAUAUGAAUAACACUCACGUUAGUUUAAAUUCUAAAAUAGUCGAACGUUAAUUCAGUAUUUUCUAAAGAUAACAAAUUGAUUUAAAAUCAAAUACUCAUAAGUAAAAUAUUUUUACGAUGAAGGGUCUUUUGACCGUUACCCGUCCUUCUUGGUAAGAAUUUUUUCUUUCUUUCUAGUGUUAAAUAAUAACAUACAUCUUUUUUUUUUUAUUUGAUAUAAUUGAAUUAGAAAUACAAAAGAAGCUUAACUUCAUUUUUUAAUAAACUAGAUUUUGACCUUUUUUAUGCCAUUCAACUACACAAAUUGGCAUUUUUAAGAAGCUUUAUAAACGACGAAAACUAUUACAAUAGUAAAACAUCGAUUCCAAACAGUUUCCAUAUCCGUGUUAGAUCGUUGAUCUUAUACUUUGCCAAAGGGGUAGCGUCUAGCAAGGCAGGUCCAUAAAUAAUUAGUCUGCGGUGUGUUCUGUUCAUGCUCUUUAAUCUAUAUCGAGUCGGUAAAGCAGUUCGUGAAUUGUCAAAUUUUAGAGUUUACAUUCGAUAGUAGAUGGCGCAGAACUGGAUACUUUUAUCGUUUUCUCUCUUGUGGUAGUUUCACUCUAUUGUUGGCACUUUUGAGUGAAACAGUAAAUUUGACCAAUCGGAUACAAGACAGCGACAAUAUUUAGAGGAUUUUAUUGGUCGUUUUGUGCGUACGAGGUAGCCAUAACUUUAUUAUAACCCAACUGAUCGUAAAGCAUACAGAGGAACACUCAAAGAAAUAGUUUUGACUACCUUUAUCGGUUAGUCGUAUAUCACAGUCGGGGUGAUUUCAUUUGUCGUACUUUCAGUGUUUCAUUUGGAUGGCAUCGCAUUGCGAAAACAAGAUAUUAUUUUUUUGUGUUUCUAGUGUUAAUGAAAAACAACAUAAUCCAUAAUAUUAUUAAAAACGACAAGCAAAAGGACUAUUGUAAAGUUGGUGAUACUCAUCUCACUAUGAAGAUGAAGAAAAUAUUUUUCAUUCUGUGACCUUUUUACAUUCUUAAAUGUCAAUAUGGAUCUUAUUCGAACGAAUUGAAAUCCAGUAGUGCAAAAGUGAUCUCGAAGCAAUUUACAGCCUGGCGUGUUAAACAAUGGGGCCGAAAAAGGCUCCGCCAUAAAAGUAUUGAAUAGACCCAUCGCCGUCCAUAUACCAGUCAUUGAUGAUUGAUGACAUCGAUACAUAAAAAAGACGCGCGAGGAUGGUGCAGCGCCUCGGUCAUGCAGUGAGGGGCUCGAGCGAUGGUCAGCGGGCGGCGCGCGAUGCUCGGUGGCAGACCGUCGGGCGGGCCGGCAGGUCGGCUGAGCGCAGCUAGUGAUGAGCCGCGAUGUCCGGCAAGCCGGCGAGCGUGGCCGCGCCGCGAGCGGGCGUGGCAGGCGCGCCGCGCGUGCUGGUCUACGUGGCGGAGGCGCGCCAGCUAGAGGCGGCCGCCGCGGGCCCCGCGCCGCGCGCCGCGUACGACCGCCACUCCGACCCGCCCGCGUACUACAAGCCCUUCGGUGACUCUGAGCCCAGGAUUAACUCGUUCGAAUCAGACGCCGCGGCUCAGCGGGAAGACUUCUUCCCCGCCCAGUUGAUAAAAGAAAACUGUAUACGGACCGACGAGAAAGACAGGCAGAGUGCAGUGAAAAGGGAUUGUGAUACCCAGUGGAGUAAUGAUACGUACGUUAGGAUACCUUUGCCGCUGGGUGAGUUCGGGUACCAGCGAUGUGCCACUAGUGUAGAUAAUAGUAUGCCCAUGGUGCCGGUGGUGCAUCCAAGCCAGUUCAACGAGAGUGCUGUGCAGAGUGAUAUGAACUGUGCCGACAGGGAGGUGGUGGGCAAGAGUUUUGUGAACUACCAGUUACUGGAGCAGAGCGUGUCGCACCAGUCCAUAGUGAACCAGAGCAUCAACAUUCUGAACCAGCAGGUGGGAGUGGGCAGGGCUCUGAGCGAGGAGGGGCCGCAGCUGGUGCGCACAGCUGACGGAGUGGUGCUCGCUGUGCUACCUUCUGUGUUAUCUCAGUCGGAAGCCGAACUGAGGACUGUGCAUAGUGAAUUCUCACAAACAAUUACUGUGCCAUUGGGAUGGAGGAGAAUUGUUAAUGGGACCUCUGUUUUGUAUGUUAGUCCCAGUGGAUCGGCGUUGAGUAACCUCUCGCAGCUACGGGAAUACUUACAAACAUCGGGCACUUGUAAGUGCGGCUUGCCCUGCCCUUUGAGACCGGAGACCGCCUUCAGUUUUGAUCCUAAGGUUAUAAGCAAGCCGUACCAAGUGGCCGCCGGUGCCGAGCUGACAAAAUUGUGCAACCACAAGCGGAAACUGCUGGCGUCGCUGCAGUCGCGCGUCCAGUCGCCCGUCACGCCGCCCCCGCAGCCUGGCGACCAGAAGAAAGUACCAAACACUGAGGCUGCAAAGAAGAAAAUGAAGAAACGGCCCGGUUUCGUGCCCGCUAUGAGCGUGUCGCAAAUGAUGGUGCAAAGGGAGAGACCCCUCAACGAGUUCAAGCCCGAUAAUGACCAAAGGCGAACGGCAUCGCCAGGAGCGAUGCAACAACGUGCAGGCAAUGUGCAAUCUUGUCUUCCUUACUCGCAACAGAACAUGCUCAACGUUGUACAUGAUGAUAUUAAACAAGAAACACUCGUACAAAGAAGCUCGCAUUAUCUUACCGUUAGUAGUGGUUGGAUAACGCAGCAACCAGAAAUGGAAUCUAACCCGAAGCCAAAUACGUCUAUAUCCGGCCCUGUACAUAAUACUAUCAACGUCGGUCAACCCGUGUUAGGGACAAACGGACAAGUAAUAGGCGUCAAUACGGGAUACAAUAAACAAAUUACAAAUAUUAAAAGUGCAAUGAACACUCCCCAACAAAUUAUUAUGGAAGAAAAUAAGGAAGAGGAAAAAGAUACACAUAUGAUUAAACAGCAACAUAGAGAAGAGUCACAGAUAUUCUGCGGUCUCAAUCAACCGCUAACACCAGAAGUUAUGCAAAAGAUUAACGAGCAACAGCAAAUAUUCAUACAACGUAAUCAGAAACAAAUAGAAGUUAUGAAGGGUUAUAAAACACAAACGAAUGACCAAAUCAAUCAAAAUAAACCUAUUCAAAAUCAAUAUGUUCCUCAAGGUCAAUUAGUAAUUCAAAAUGGAGCUGUUGUCAAAACAAACUCUGCCAAAACACCGCCAUGGCAAGUUAAAAGAAAUGAUUCCAAUCCUUCAAACCCACUCAUGUGUCCUAGCCCGAAAUUACACAGGUUGGACAAUAUAGACUACGAUGACACGAGUAAUGUAUUUGAAGACUCUUCAUCUUCGUCAGGUUCUUUCAACAAUAAUGAGCAGAUGAUGAAUCAGUCGAUGUGCUCACGGGUGCCACCACUUCCUCAACAUUAUAAUAUGAUGGGACAGCAAUGGCCCGGCGUGGACAUGAAUAAGAAAAAGAUGAAGUGUAAUAAAGCACCAAAGAAAAAAGCUAUUCUAAAUGAAAAUAAACCAAUAACUUUUGGAAAUAACGGAAUUAGACAAGUACAGGAUAAAUCAAAACCUUGCGAUGAAAUCGUAAGGAAUAAUGUCCCAUCAUUCAUGGACGAUCCUAAUGGUUAUUUAGCACAGCAAACAGUUUUGCUAAACAACACAAUAUCUAGACAAGUAGGAAUGAAUAAUCAAUAUGAUGUAAAUCAAUUUGACAAUUCAAGUGCACAGUGUAAUUCAAUGAACCAAUCUGAUAAACACUGUAAGCCGAUGGCAAAACCCGGCGAUAACGUAAACGUAUUCAGAAGCAAUGUCGUUCCAAAUCCGUCGCCUUCACCAAAUAAUACACCUGACAGCAGUCUCGUUCCUGACAAAUGUCAUGAAAAUAACAUGCCACAAUGUUGUAAAGGUUGUAAUGUACCCUACAAAGGGAACUGCAUUAAUACGAUGGAAAAUCAAAUGCGAGCUAAGUUUUUGAGACAACAUCCCAAUGUAUAUGGAAGAGAAUUAGAAAGUGGGAUACCUACCACAUCUAGUCCGAAACAUGUCUUUGAUGAUAAUCCUGUUACAUCAUCUACGUAUAUUGAGCGAAAUAUCAUGAUGAAUGAUAACUGUGGGCCGAUACAAGCGGGUAUCGUCAGUACGAGUAAUGUAUCACCUAAUGAAACGAUGCAGCAACCAGAGCCCUCACCGACUCCCUCUAAUAGCUCCCGGAGUACAGACACGCCUCACAGUAGCGGAAGUAAUUCACAGCUUCAAAAUAAUUGUACAUUCCCCAUACAGAGUCCUGUUUAUUCCAAUCCCGGUUCUAGUAGAGAUAAUUAUAGUAGCAAUCCAUCGACUCCAGGAAGUAAUCACACAUAUCCCUACAAUUCGCCCGGACCGCCCAACAGCCAAUCGGUGUCUGGCAAUCAAGUGAUGCAUUUUAUAUCAAAUCACAAUGUUAAUAAAAAUUUAAUGGAAGUAGACAACAUAUCAAUGGUCGGAGUGAAGCCUGGAUUGAGAAAUUCUCAAGAAGUCUUCAGAAUGGAACCUAAAAAGAGAAUAGAAAAUACCAUGCCUGGCUAUUGUCCACCGCCUCAUUUAGGAGGUGGACCAGCCCAUUCUCUCAUACAAGCAUGUUACAUUCAAACGUUUGUAACGACCAUGGCCAGCGGAUUUUCUGUCACUAGAGACACCGUAACGUCUGUUCUAGCUGGUAAAGCGAGCACGGCAACGACGUCGAUCAACGCAGCUCAAGCUAAUUUUAUAAGGCCACCUCCACCGCCCAGUGUCAACUUAGCUACUAGCUACGCUAUACCGAACAACCAGCCUGACCCUUUCAUCAAUUCUGUUAACCUACCAACCAGUUAUCCGCUACACAUUGCGGGCACAACUGCGCAAAACAUGAUAUCAAAAUCUCCGUUGGAAAUGGUGCAGAGCGUUAUAAGUAAUAUACCAUCAAAACCUGAAACGAGUUACUCGCAACCAACGUCAUUGCCACAGAGACGCGCGUGUUCCACGCCAGGGCAAAUCCUCAUUUCUUCCACAGGCCAAAUACUGGUCUCUAGUAAUCAAAUGCCGCCGCCGCCCCCAAAGAACACAACAGCGAUGUCACCAAUGGGGUCUGGUGUUGUAACCAGUGGAACUUCGUCUGUGAGUCAAGUCGUACCGGCCGUUGGCGGAGUUCAACCGAUUGUAAACCAACCUACUGUAGUGGUUAACUCUAUGCCAACUCCUUUCGUCAUACAGCCUCCAAUGAUGGCUGUGGAUGGGCAGGUCGUACAACAUAAUACUGUGUUACCUCAAAUCGUCACUAGUGGAAUCGUUCCCGGACAACAAACGAACGAGAAUCAGCGACAGAUUGAAGUCAAAAGCGGACAGGGAUUCGUUCAAGGCGUGGCAAUGUUGUCACCAGAGAGUAUGAAGAAAAGAAAUAAGAAGAAAAAGAAGAGUCCGACGCCUAACAUAACGAGUGUCCUUCAAAUUGCGGCACCUCAGCAAAACCCUAAUAAUAUAAUGGUGCAUCAUUCUUCUCCGCAACAUAAUUCUAGUCCACAGUUUUCUCCUCGCGGUUUCCAAUUAUCACCAACGAAUAAUAUAUCACCGACACCGAUGUUGCAAGCUCUAACUAUAGUUCCCGGCAAGUCUGGUACACCGGCGCACAUAGUGAUGAAUGGACAAGGAAACACAAACAACUUUGCUUCACAGCAAAUAAUCACAAAUACGUCACCAUCACAACAAAUCAAUUUGCUGCAACCUGUAAAUUUGAUUAACAAUGCCAAUAACGUUAUGUCAAACUUCCCUUUCCAACAGUUUAUUUUACCGAAUCUCGGUGGGAUGGUAAUGACAGCUGACGGUACGGCUUUGAUUCAGGAUAAUUCUACUGGAAUGCCCAUGCAGCUUCAACUACAAACUGUCAACGGCCAGAAUGUCUUAACACCGGUUCAAAAUUCUGGAUUAUUUACCACAGGAACCAACAGUGGUGUAGUUAUCAGAGCACAAAAUCAGCAAGGCAAGAUAAUACAAUCGCAGCACAGCCCCGGAGCUCAAUUUUUAUCUCCGAAUAGCCAAGUAAUGAUGAACAGUCCCAACUUCAAUGGUCAGUUGAGUCCUCUGCUGACCAAUCUCAGUCCCCCAAACGUUUUCAACACGAGUCCUCAAAUGAGAUCGGGAAACGUUCAAACUCAGGAAUUCAUUCAGACAAAUCAAAUGGGUCAAACGCUAAUGGUGCCACUGUCCCCCAAACAAGUCCCCAUAUCCGCUACGAACAACAGAACAAAUUCCACAUUCGUGCAAAACACGACAAUAGUUCAACAGCAAACGACAUUAGUUUCCAACUCGCAUAACCCUCAGAACAUAAACAUGCAAAGUGGGAACUCGAGAUUGAGUAUAGAUCCGAAUAUCUUGCUCAAUCAGAAACCAGUUGCCAAUCCUAAAAGGUUCAAUCAAUUGAUCGGGGAGAGCAGCCAAAUGGAUUUCAAGGAUGACAAGGUUGUGUCAUUCGAUCACGGGGUAAAGAAUGAUAAACCAGAUGCUUCAGAGGAGUAUGCUCGUCUGAUGCAAGAACUGGGUGGUGUACGGCAUUCAGUGUCGACUCAGACGCUGGGCCAACGUGGGGGGAAGUCUCCGAACACGGCGGGGGGGUCGCCUCCCGACACUACGACUCAUAGUCCUCUCGGCGCGCUGGAUGCGGCCCCGAGUCCUCGUAUUUAUGCCGCGGCUUCAAAUUACGCUGAUACUACCACCAAAUCACCGGAGCCAGCGGAUAUACAUUCUUCGGCGAUGGUCCAGUGCGUGUCGAGCAGCGAGCAGGACAUGGCAGAGUCCCGAGAGCGCACUUGGCCGACGCCUAGAAGUGACAUUAGCUCUGAUUCUGAACAAAAUAUGCUGUCAAAUAUACAGCUCAUGCGGAUGACUCGCACCCACAAUUCCGUUGAAUCGAGCGAAAUACAAUACAACCAAAGCAUGAGUUCCUCUGGCAAUAGCCAACAUGUUCUGCCCAUGACGUCGACCCUUUACGACCGACCACAAAGUUAUAAGAGGAAAAACGAUUUCGGAGAUGGAUCAACUUACAGGAAUGACAAAAUCAUGAGAUCCAAUUACGGCAUGGUCCAUGGAUUGCCGAAGGACUACGAUAACAUAUCCAUGGGUCAAGAGAAACAGCAAAGGCGUUUCUCGCCUUCGGGAAGUAAUUCUGAAAGUUCAUCUAUUCAGAAAGUGUUUGACAGGCAUUUAGGGUCCGAUAAUGAUUCGAAGAGCGAGGACGAGUCGGACGACAAAUCGCAGGACGGGUCGAGCGAUAAGUCGCUGCGGAGGCUCGAAGUCGGUGAUCUGGUUUGGGGUCCGGUCAAAGGUUACGCGUCGUGGCCCGGCAAGUUGGAGGCGAGGGUGUCUGAGACUAAGUGGAUUGUGCGCUGGUUCGGGGACAGAUCUCCGGGGGAAGUGGAACAUUCGAGACUGCUGACGCUGUGCGAAGGACUGGAAGCUCAUCACGCUGCGAGAAUGCGUCACAGGAAGAGCAGAAAACUGAACACACUCCUGGAGAAUGCGAUACAGGAAGCUAUGGCAGAGCUGGACAAACAGACGGAACCAAACGAGCCGGAGGAAGGUGCGGAUGACGUCACCGACAUCACUGACACCCCGAGGCGGAACAAGACGCACAAACUCAAGAAACACAAGAAGAACUCGGCUAAAGUCGACGGAACUCGACUUCGGAGCUCUCGAUGACAAUAACGUAAUAAAUUAUAGGUAACUAACAGAAAUACAGUGUAGACUCCAUGUAACGUCAUUCGAUUUAACGACAAACUCGCUAAAGCGUCGACAUCAUUUGAAUGGUUUAGCUACAAUCUAACUGUGGGUGUAAUGCAUUUUAUAGAGCAGUACACUCACUCUCGAUAACGACAACAAUUUAAGUAAUAAAAAGUACCUUUUAAGUUGUCAAAAUUAGUGAAAACUACGCAGCUGAGUACGUUCUUUUGUCGCUUUAUCCUAACCCGUAAUAAACUCGCCUCUUUUUUUUGCAUGAUGCCAUCAUGCAAAAAAAAAACUUUCAAAGAAAUUCGUUCUUUUGUUCACAAAGGGAUUGCGUAGUAGGUCAACUGUUGUAUACAAGCUGUAUAAUAAGUAGACGUCACGGAUAUAAUACGUUAUUAAAUUCUCAGUUGUUCACAAACUUUGAAACUGUAAACAUGGCUAGUAAAAGAAAAUCACUGCGUGUUGACGAAAAAGUUUUACUCAUUGCGCAUGAACUUUUUCUUUUCAUUCUGAUUUUUUCUCUUUCCAUUUAACGACUACUCUCUAUAACGCCAUAAAAUGUACAGUCCCCUUUAGUGUCGUUAUAUAGAGUUUACACUGUACUUAUACAGGGUGAUUCGGUCUUUAGUGCGGAUAUUUUUUUUCGUGGUUCUGUAUCAUUAAUAGAAUAUAAAUCUACAAACAGUUCGAUACAUUUUAUGUAAUUUUUUUUUUUAAUUUAUGUCUCUAAAAUAACAAAAUAAUGUACAUAUUAUUACUAAACAAGAUAUAUUCAGCUUAAAAGUGAUCUGGUGACGUCCUUUAGGUAUCAAACGAAAAUAAAAUAAACGCACAAUAGGGUGACCCUAAAAUUCUGUUCAAAAGUAAAUAACUUUAGCUAACGAUAAUUUUGUUAUUUUUGAGUUAAAAAAAAAAAGAAAAAAUACGUGAUCAUUAAAUUUUGUUUAUGUACAAAAUAUAAAAAUAUCCGCACUAAAAAAAAUUUCUUCCUGUAUAGUAAACGGUUUGUAAGUUGACCUAUGCGCGGUAACACAGUUUUGGGUGUUAGCGACUGUAUCACUAGUAACCAUAGCAACACGUUGACGUCAUUACAAUCGCGUACGAAAUUGCUAUUUAUUUGACAUAUUUAAUGUUCCGGGCAACCACGGAGCGGAACACGCGUUCAAACACUUUUGUUUAUAAUUGUACCUACAUAGACAAGUGUCGUCUUGGUUCAACUUACUUUCCGGGACUAUACCUAUUUGGAAAGAGACAACUUAGUUGUAUCAUGCUAAUCGACUAUGCUUCGCCAAGGAAAUAAAAUCAUUCAUUAGUAUACUACGCACAGACUGCUGAAAAGUAAUUAGGUGACUUCAAUAGGCUAGUUGACACUUUUUUUUAAAUGGUCUUACAUAGUUCAUUAUCGUUCUACUAGACUGAAAAAAAAUCAUAUUUUUUUCAAGACGUGAUUACAUGAAAAUUUUAAUUUUUAAAUGUGUUUUUGACAAUACGAGCUAAAACGCCUCCAUAAAAUCAAAAAUUGAAUUGAAUUGAGCUAAAACGCCUGUCGGCCAUGACAGUCUAUAUUUCAACUGUUUCGUGACGUCACUGUAAUAAAUCCCAUACAAAUGGAGCGUUUGACUAAAAUAUUAGUUAACAAUUAGUUCGACGUUUAGUACAUCGAGUGUGUUAGUGACGUCACAAAAUGGACGACAGCGUUUUUGACGUUUGAAAAAUUUAAUAAAACACGUGAUAUUUAAAUUAAGUUUUUUUAUGAAAUCCUUAACUUUUAUUAAUUGUUAUCGAAUUUAUUAAUUGAUAUUUCGGACCCUUAUUCCAUGUACUACACGAAAUUAAUAUUGUUUAUAUUAAAUUUGAUAUGAAUCGACUAUCCUAUUGUAGAUUUUUCUUCUAUUUCUGUAGGCCUAAGAAACGCAUUAGUGGCGCUAAUAUGCGGCCAAGUGAAGAGAAAUUGACAAAAUUAUAACAAUCUAUUUACAUUAAAAGAUAAAAGAAGGCAAUUGUCUCUCUCUCUUUUACAUUGUCUCUUUUACAUUAUUAUUUUUGAAUGGUUUUUAUUGUGUGUUGGCUUUGACAUGAUACAAUUAUGUUUGUGUUCUUACACAGAGUACUAAAUGAGCCGUUUGUUAAAACAUUUAGAAUAAACAACUGCUUAAAUCGAGGCAGGAACCUCAUACUAACACAGAGUUGAACAGAGUUGUUCAAAUUUUACUAAAAUUUUUCAAUAAAGCAUCGAUUCGCGGAGGAGUAUCUUAUAAUAAACAUAUUAAUCGUUUUUCGGGCAUCUACAUGUUAUUAUAAGUCGUAUAAUAUUGCCUUGCACAAACCACGGCGGGCCGCUGUAUGGUUAGAUAUUAUUUUCAAAGAACAGUAACAUUAUACACUCCCACAUGCUAAGUAUAGACACAAACAUACUAGACGGAGAGCCAGCGACCGCCAGAUCUUCGUCAUUUUAUAAAAGCUUGUCAGCUCACGCUCCUACCAUAGAUGAAUACCGUAACCAACCAUGGAGUUUGGAUCGUGGUGGCUUUGGCAGCAAGUUUCAAUUAUCCAAAAUUCGUCGACCACCUAAGUGUAAAGAAUUUUUUUUAUAUUUUUAAUGGCAUUAUAUGAAUGGUAACCCCAUUCGCCAGACACUUGGCUUCGUGGUAACCCCUCGCUAAAGACCCUUGAAGUUUCAAAUUAAAUAGUGUUUUUCGAAGGAUUGCCGUGAAGCUAAAUGACUGGCGACUGGGAAUAUAAUUUCUCAUAUUUUGCCGAGGAAAACAUGAAAUAAUUACAUUUUACACUUAGACGGUUGAGGGUCUGGAUCCUUAUAACCCGCUACCUCCCAAAGCCACCACAGUCCAAACUCCAUAAUUGGCUACCGUACUUACUUAUGGUAGGAAUAUGAGUUGACAAACUUAUAGCUUUUAUAAAAUGACGAAGGUGGGGUUCACGAGCUCUUAGACUAUAUAAAUUACUCUUCGGUAUUGAUAAUAUUUGGCUUGAAAAACAAUAAUUGUGGGUUUUUAGGGAAUUUGUAUAAUUUCUCUUUGUUAAAAGUGUCGUGUUUUGAAAUGAAAUAGAUAAAUUUAAAUUUUGAUUUUGCAAUGCGGUCCGCAUUGGUGCGUGCGAGAGAGUAAUGGCAAGUUUUAUGAUGACAUUGACUGGCAAUCACGUUUCUGGCACAUACUGCCAUUGGCGUAAGUGACUGACUCAGCCAGUGACUUGUGCAAAUGAUUACAACCGAUUUACAAAAGUGCCAGUAACGCCAUCGACGCCAUUGACUGGUAAUGACGUCGCUGGCACAUACUGGCAUUGACGUAAAAGUCUGACCCAGCCAGUGACUUGUACAAAUGAUUACAACCGAUUUACAAAAGUACCAAUAACGCCAUCGAUUAAAUUAACUAGCAAUCACGUCGCUGGCACACACUGGCAUUGGCGUAAAUGUCUGGCCCAGCCAGUGACUGGCGCAAACGCCAUCGCGAGUUACUGUCGUUAUCUAAAAUUGCCAAUAUCUAACAGUAAUAAUAUUAUGUACAAAUAAAAUAAGUCUGGUGUCGUUUAUUCAAAGGAACUCUUAAACAUAGAUAUUCCAUUAAAAUAUUUAACGGGAUUGGUUUUUCUAACUUAAAUUAUAAUAAUAUCAAUAGUGAACGAAGCCUAUUAAAAAUAUCGGUAGCUGUGUACACGUAAUCUAUAUUGUUAGUAACUGUUGAAUAAAUAAUAUUAAUAAUAAUAUUUCGUCGUUAAGUCCGAGAGUUCUAAUCUUAUUGUAAAUAUUUUUUAAACUACCCAUAGUCCAGAAAUAUAAAUUAUGCAAUUAUUUAAAAAAAACGACGCCCUCGGGUCGGAAAAUUAAUAUUGAAUAUCUAGAUAUCGCAUCAGUAAAUGUCAAAUGUCUGCCCAUUACUUCAGCAUAAUAUGACUUUUGUUGUUAAGUAAUAUAUCCCUUGUUUUGUUUGUUUAAAACAGGUUGUUGUCUAGAUAUAUAAACCUAAAAGCCAAAUAGUCCAAACACCUGGGCAAAAAUGCUAUUAAAAAAAAAUUGAUACUGUAAAAGUUUUUCUGAAACAAAAUACUCCGUCUAAGGCGAUUAUUCAGAAUCCUGGCAUUCGUAUACAUCUGGCAUUCGUAGACAUCUGGCAACCAUAGACUCCUGGCAACCGUAGACAUAAUUAAUUCUCUUAGUUAAUGAUGUUGAUGUUUUUUAUUUAUUAGAUCUACUGUAAUAGAUCUGGGUUAUAGUCGAUGACUUGGUUGAUAUAAACGUUAAUGGGCAUACUAAAUACUACGAUUUGUUUGACUUAAUGCGCCAUAGAUUUGGCAGUGUGUAUUCUAACAUAUAAAUCUUUUAUCGAAAUUUCAAUUGUAUUUAUGUGUAAAAUAUGUAUAUUCCGGCGUUUUACAAUAAAAAUAUAGGAAACUGAUGGAAAUUUUAGCAGCUAGUUUUAGUAGAUGUGAUUGAAUCACUAAGAUCGUGUCCGUAGUGACUGGCAACAUUUUGUGUGUAACUGGCAACAUUUUGUGUGUAACUGUAUUUUUUGGGGUUUGCUAAUUGUCAAUUGAUCAAAAUAGUGCCGAAGCUAAAAAUUUGAAAAUUGAAUAAAGCUGUGGCGUCAUUGGUCAAAAAACGCGGUGCUUCAUUAAGCUAUGUAACGACGUCAUUAUAGUACGGCCGCUUAGAGUUUGUAUUUUUGACAGGUCAUGAUCGAACAAACAUAUUCAAUAAGAAUUAUUUCGCUAUUUUGUCUCAUCACUACUAUACUGUGAAACUAGCUAUCGAUCACGACCUGUCAAAAGUGCAAACUCUGAGCGACCGGACUUUAGGAAUAGCAAUUGUAAAAAAACUGACAGUACACAGAACUGUAAUAAAGUCAUGACCGUACUAGCGUUUUGCAGUGUUUCGUGAUUUUAUAUACAAGUUGGGCAUAUUGUUGUGAACGGUUUGUACGGACUCGACCUAACAUAUUAUUUAGAUUAAGAUGAUCUGGCUAAGCUUUAUUUAUGUCGGAUUAAAAUAGGGCGUAAAUAUUCAGAGAUUCUAUACGAAGAAGUAUAUAAUAUUACGUAUUAUUGUUUUUUAUAAUAUAGAUCACCAAAAUUGCUGUUUCUUCACAUAGUGGCAGAAACAGGAUUAUAUUAGGUAAACGAUAUCGUUUAGCUGUGUGUUCUGAUUAAUAAUUAAUUUCUUUUUUUUUACAUUUUAAAAAGAUUAAGCAGCUCGCGUUUUGUAUCUUAACUUACCUCCGGAGGUUCUAUUGCUCGUUUGUAGUGUUUUUCAGAUAGCAUGGGUACGGUGACGGUCGCCUGUAUGACGUUCAUAAUACGUACUAUUAUCGUGAAUCGCGGCAAACUUUCAAGAGUGAAACGAACUGUCACCCGCACCAUCCUACAUGACACAAACUGUAGGUGAUAUUAAAAUAAUCGGGGCCAUUUUAGGGAUAAAGUCGAAAUUUUCUGGACCAUAUCGGUGACAGCAAAAAUUAAAGGUCCGUGUCACGGGCACAGAUGUUGACCUCUGGAGCCAUAUUGUACGUUUUAUCACAAUUUUCAAUUGCAAUUUUGUACAAUUUUUGAACGGCAUGUAUAAAAAUAUAAUGAGUGUGCUAUACUAUGAAUAUCCUGUACAUUUUUUUUACGUUGUUUGUUUUUUAAAAUAAUAAAUAUAAUAUGAUUUCUAGUCAAAAUAUUGAGCAUAUUAAAUUGUAGAUAAACGCGGAUGAGAUAUAAUUGACAAUAAAACGGGCCUGGCGACAUAUUUUUAACAUAAUAAAUGCAGUAUUUAUUUUUUAAUUUGGGACAGUACUGUACUUGUUUGCGGUAAUAUUUAAAUUGUAGAUAUUUUUUUUUUGUUAAUAAUUUUAAAGACUCAAUAGAUAUAAGUAAUUAAGUCUGUAGUAAUGUCAAUUUGUUAAAAGUAUCGUAGUAGCGACUAGCGAUGGUGAUUAAUGCUAUUUUACGUUAAUUACAAUAACAGACUGUUUUUCUGUACAUGAAUAUUAAAUUUAGCAAUUUUUUUUUUGUAUUUAAGUUGCACAUGAUGUAUCAGAUGUGUAAGUACAAGCGAAAUAGACAAGGAAAUUAUUGGUGGCCCCACGAGCCAGUUCAUAACGAGCUUACAAUAAUUGUUUUGCAAUGCUUACAAUAUUAUAAUUUAAAUGCUAUUUUUAACAAAUUCAUGCAAUUAAACCAUCACUAGUAGCAACAUUGUAUAUCAAAAAUUCAUAAAUGUAAAGCAUAUCAUGUUCUGUGCUUAUUGGGCGAAACACAAUAUUCUAGCAAGUUUUGCUAUGGGUUAUACAUCGCUGUAUGGCCUGCCCUUAAGUACUCGAGCCUUAUGUUUAGCAACUAUUUUGCAGUGUAACUCACUUAAAAUUUAAUAUAUUAAUAUGUUUUUUUUAUUCAAUUAUACAGGCGGAUAAGAAUAAAUUAAUUAAAUUCGACAUAUUGCUUUUAGAAAUAAUUAAACUGAUACAUUAAAGUCAACUUUAUUUUCUAACAAGAAAAUGGAAACUAACAGCUGAUGGAAUUAUUCGCCUUAAAUAAAAUAAAAUUAAUUAUCUCUUGCUAUGCACAUUUUGCAUUUUAAUUAUUAAACCAAUUAAAGGCUUAUACCAUAUAAAGGUGACAUACCAAUCUAAUUGUAAAAUAGUUUUUUUUUUCACAGGUAGGAUAUAUGUUUUGUUAAAAAAGGUUUAUAUUUUAAUUUAACACACUUUAUUCAUCACAAAUAAUAUAAAUGUAAUAAUUAAUACCAAUAACUUAGGGCCUACAUGCAUUAGUAGAUAUUAUAUUGUUUUUCAGGAUAUUUGGAAGUGUAACAAAGUAUACUCCGUCCGUUAUGAUAUUUUGUUUUAUAUAGGUAUUCCUGUCAAUUUGCAUUUCUUACACCUAUAAUGUCAUUUGCUGCGUUCUGAAAAAAGUAUAUUUUUAUGACAAAUGUAAACAAAUUAUAUACAUUUUAUGUUUUUUAUAAAUUAGUAUUAUUGAACAGUCCUUAUAUAAACUUUCUUUAAAAUUAUUUAAAUAAAAAUUUAAUUCGACAGACUAAUAUUGUAUUACCUAAUUAUUAUCUGAAUUAAUUAUAUUAUAUACUCACUUAAGACUAAUAAAUCGUCAACAGUCCGAGAACCCGUUCUCCUAAUUCACUAUGUUAUGAACUAUGUAUGUUACAUAUGUAUAUGUAUGUAUGUUCUCCAGUCAUUCUUUAACUCUUUAACCUUGUCUAUUGUUUUAACCUUCUAUAAUCAUACAUUACUUUCUUAAUAAAAAAAUCUGUCAAAAAGAAAAUCAUCAUUACGGACUGAGUAUACUCGUCAUCGAAGUUGAACAAACAAAAUGUUAUGUAAUUAAUUGUGAUAAAUAUAAAUAAAGAAGGGAUUAUAUGCGAACAUUCGAAAAUUAAUCUUUUAAGUAUAUACCAUAAGAUAUUAAACAAAUCAUCACAAGUUUGUACCUCGAGAUAUAAUUUGUUUAUUUAUAAAACACUUAGUCCACUUAGUGGGGAGCAAAAGAUUUUGUCUUACAAAAAAUAAUGUAUAAUUGAUGAUUUUGAUUAUUUUACAAACUGUUUCCAGCGUGUAAUAACAUGAUAUGAGCGCCAUCUAUUAUUAAAUGUUUGAACUGACCUGAAACUGAAACUGAAGCUGGACUAAAAAAAUCUAUAACAGCAAAAUAAAAUUUUAAAACUAUAUACAAACAACAAAUAAAUAAAUAUAAAUUUUAUUAUUUUUUAAACAUAUAAAUAUAAGAUUUUAACAAAAUGACAUUUAACAGUAUGAGUAUAUUUAGUAUAAAAUUUGAUUUUACAUAUUUGACCGUUUUUUAAUUUUGUACUAUUAAUAAUCAUAUUAUUUUGUUAAAAUGAAUUGUUGGUAUAUAAAUUGCAAUUUCGGUAAUUUUAAUUAUAUAAGUGUCAGAUAGUAAAAUAAUAAUAUGUCAUUUAACUUAUCUUUUGUAAGGCAGAAAUUAAAGACUUCACUUCCCAUAAGUGGGUACAAUGUAUUUUAAUUUAAUAAAUCGAACAUUUAUGAAAUGCUUUUUUAAUCACAAUAAUAAUAUAAUAAUAAUAAUUAUAUAAUAAAUAAAUAGGUAAUGAAUGUUUUUUCUAAAUAUCGUAGCUAGAUUUAUUAGAUCAUGUCACGCAUGAAUAAAUUUUGAUAGUGAAUUUGUUAUUGACGAUCAUUGUUAGAUAAUGUCUAUGUGUACAAUUAAUUUAUGUGAUCUUUGAAAAUAUCUUAUAUCAAGGAUUUAUUGAAUAGCUUAGGCCGGAUGCAUACUUUUAACACGCCACUCUAUUCGCCACGCAACGUAUUGUGAGACAAGUCGACCCUCAACACUAUUUUUAUCACUGAUUAAAAUAAGUAUUCUCAAACACUCUGACGUACCCCGACCCCUUAAAGAACUUACGCAGAUUGAAGGGGUCUUUAAGUUCUUCGUUUUGUGUUCUACCACUUGCUAUUUGCGCAGUGGUAUAACAAAUGCAAAAUUGGUCGGAUAAUAAUUUUUCCACUUGGAUUGUUCUCUAAUCUUUAGUGGCGCCAUCUAUUUUUUCCCAAAUUAAUUAACAACCCAUAUUGGGCUCACUGUUAAGCACGAGUCUUCUCUUAGGUUAUGCCUUAGUCCACUACGCUAGCCAAAUGCGGAUUGGCAGACUUCACGCACACGGAAAAUUAAGAAAAUUCUCAUGUAUUCAAUUCAGGUUUUCUCACGAUGUACUUAUUUCCAUCAUUUUUUUUGUUUUUCCCAAAUUUUUAAUUACAUUUCAUGUAAUGAAAUUAUUAUAAUUAUUAUUUGAUUUAUCUCAAAAUGUCUUGCGUAGUAUAGAAACGGCAUGUUAAAAAUAUAAUUCGGCUUUUACUGUUUUUAUAUUUACGUAUUUUACGGCCGAGCAACGUAAGGCUUACUUAACGUUUGAGCACACCUUAAAAUAUUGAUGGCUUAUUACAGUAGAAUCUUUAUUUAAAUUUUAAGUAGUGAUCAAAUGUUAAAAAGCUUUUAAGUAUUCGGAUGCUUAAUAUAGGGAUUCCACUUAAUUUUUCCUAUAAAAUAGAUAUGUCCCAAGAUAUCGUAUUAAAUGUUAAAUGGAUAUUGUUUAUUGAUAUCGGAUGGACAGCGAUCCCCCAAGACGGUAUUAUGUAAAUAAUUCUUAUAACUGUAGUUAUGUAUAGUAUUCUAUUUCAUGGAAAUUAAUGUUUUAUAGAUUAAUAAAGUGUACAACAUAAGAUUAUUUAUUUGUUUUGCUGUGUACAUAUUUUUUUUUUCAAUAAAAUGUACCUGUUUUUAAUUUA